AUGGCAGCCGAUAUCAGAGUCUCAAUCGACCGCGGCGGCACAUUCUGCGACGUCAUUGCCGAAAUCGACGGCCGCGAGCCCCUCAUCUUCAAACUCCUCUCCGAAGACCCGGCAAACUACCCCGACGCCCCGACCGAGGCCAUCAGGCGCGUCCUCGAGGCCGUCGAGGGGAAGCCGAUCCCCCUCGGCGUGAAACUCGAUGGCUCACGCAUCGCAUCGUGCCGCAUCGGCACCACAGUCGCAACAAACGCGCUCCUGGAACACAAGGGCGAGCGCUUCGCCUUCCUCACCACAAAGGGCUUCAAGGACGUCUGCGUGAUCGGCGACCAGUCCCGCCCAAAGCUCUUUGACCUCAACAUCCGCAAGGCCGCGGCCCUGCACUCCACCGUCGUAGAGGUCGACGAGCGCAUCGUGCCCGCGGACUACGACCUCAACCCGACGCCCCUGGACAAGGAGGCCGCUCUCCUAGCCGCCUCAGCUUCCUCACCAAACUCUUCACCACCAUCGUCAUCGUCGUCGCCGCCGCCGUCGUCGUCUACCCCCCGUGAAGGAGACCUCGUCCGCACAGCAAACGGCGACCUCGUCCGCAUCCUCCGCCACCCCGACACAGACCUUAUCCGCGCCCAACUCCGCGCCCUCAAGGAUGAUGGCUACACCUCCCUCGCAAUCUGCUUCAUGCACGCCUACCUCCACCCAGCCCAUGAAGACCUCGUCGCGCGCCUCGCCCGCUCCCCCGAAUUCGCCUUCCCCUACGUCACGACCUCUGCCAGCGUCUCCCCGACCAUUAAGUUCCUCAACCGCAGCACAUCCACCUGUUCCGAGGCCUACCUCUACCCCGUCAUCCAGCGCUAUGUCGCCUCCUUUCACGCCGGCUUCCUCCCUGGCAGCCCGCCCCGCCGUGUGGACUUUAUGUGCUCCGACGGCGGCCUCAAAGCGGCCUCCCGCUUCCGCGGCAACGAGGCCCUCCUAAGCGGUCCCGCCGGCGGCGUCGUCGGCAUCGCGAGGUCUUGCUACGACCCGGACCCGGACCCGGAGGACGGUACCGGCACCGGCACGGGAACCGGAACCGGAACCCCCGUCAUCGGCCUCGACAUGGGCGGCACCAGCACAGACGUCUCGCGCUACGACGGCACAUACGACUACCUCACCGAAACCUCCAUCGCAGGCCGCACAAUCACCGUCCCCAUGCUCAACAUCGCCACCGUAGCAGCCGGCGGCGGCUCCAUCCUCUCCGCCCGCAACGGCCUCCUCGCCGUCGGCCCCGAGAGCGCAGGUGCCCACCCGGGACCAGCAUGCUACCGCAAAAACGGGCCCCUGACCGUCACGGACGCCAACCUCUUCCUCGGCCGUCUCGUCCCUUCCUCCUUCCCCUCCAUCUUUGGCCCCUCCGCCUCCGAGCCCCUCGACACCGCCGUCGUGGCCGCACAGUUUGCGCGCAUCACGGCUGCCGUCAAUGCCCAGACGAAGCACGCCGUCGUCCUGACGCCCCACGACGUCGCCCUGGGCUUCCUCGACGUCGCCAACGAGACAAUGGCCCGUCCCAUUCGCAACGCCACCGAGGCCCGCGGCUUCGCGCCGGAACACCACAACCUCGUCUCCUUUGGCGGCGCGGGUGGGCAGCACGCCUGCGAUAUUGCCGACAAGCUCGGCAUCCGCCGCGUCUUGAUCCACAACUUCUCUUCCUUGCUCUCGGCGUACGGCAUCGCGCAGGCCGAGCUGCAGAGCGAGGCCCUCGAGCCGUACGGGCAGAAAUUCAACAAUGACGGCACUGCCGCGGCGACGGCGGCAUCCCAUGUCGCGGACCGCCUCGCCGCGCUGAGGAUAAAAGUAGCGACGGACCUCCUCUCCCAAGGCGCAGACGAGGCUUCCCUCGUCUUUGACGAGAGUCUUGUGCUGCGGUACUUUGGCACCGAUACGAACCUCACCAUCUCCCGCCCCGCGGACGGCGAUUACGCAGCGGCAUUCAAGGCGACGCACCUCCGCGAGUUCGCAUUCUCGAUGGACAGGGAUAUAGUCAUUGAGUCGAUCAAGGUCCGCGGCACGGGCGCCGCGGCGGGCGGUAGCGCGUUUGGGAGGCGGGAGACGUCUGCGCUCAAGGAGCUGGCCGCGAGGAGGAGCGGUAGCAGCGGCUUGACACCGGCCCCGGAGCCGGCAGUUUCGCAGAAUGUGUAUAUCGACGGCGGGUGGCACGCAACGGGCGUGUAUCGUCUGGACGAGGUUGCCAAGGGGGUUGUGGUAGAGGGCCCUGCUUUGCUCAUCGAUCAGACGCAGACCAUCUUUGUGUCGCCGACGUUUAGGGCGUACAUUCUCUCUUCCCACGUCCUCCUCGAGAAGCAAGUUCCGACUACGACCUCAUCAUCAUCAUCAUCAUCACCACACACUCCUCCCAUCCUCAAGACGACAACAACAACGACAACGAAAACACCAAACCAACCAGACCUCGCCCCGUCCUCUCACGAAGCCGAAAUAAUAGACCCAAUCCAACUCUCCGUCUUCGCCCACCGCUUCAUGGCCAUCGCAGAACAAAUGGGCACCACCCUCCAGCGCACCGCAAUCUCCACCUCUAUAAAAGAACGCCUCGACUUCUCCUGUGCAAUCUUUUCCCCGCAGGGCAAACUCGUCGCAAACGCCCCCCAUAUCCCCAUCCACCUCGGCUCCAUGCAGUUCGCCAUCCAAGAGCAGCACCGCCACUGGGAGGGGAAGCUCCGACCGGGCGACGUCCUCCUCACAAAUCACCCGCAAUGGGGCGGGACGCAUCUCCCGGAUCUGACCGUCGUGACGCCUGUCUUUGUUGAUUCCGGGCCCGGGGCCGGUAAUACCGACGACAACAACAACAACAAAAACAAUGACAGCGCAAGAAACCAAGAAAUCGCCUUCUACGUCGCCUCCCGCGGCCACCACACAGACAUUGGCGGCAAAGGCAUCACCUCCAUGAUGCCCGAGUCCCGCGAACUCUGGGAAGAAGGCCUCAACGUACCCACCCUCAAAAUUGUCUCCGCCGGCACCUUUCUCGAAUCCGACGUCCGCGCCGCCUUUGAAAGAGCCGGCGCCCUGCCAGGAUGCAGCACCUCCCGCCGCCUCGCCGACAACAUCUCGGACCUCAAAGCCCAAACCUCCGCCAACCAGCGCGGCAUCCUCCUCCUCCGCAAACUCUGCGCCGAGCACGACAACGACCCCGUCGCCGGCAGCGGCAGCGGCAGCGGCAGCGGACUCGCCAUCGUCCACAAAUACAUGGCCGCCAUCCAACGCAACGCCGAAGCCGCCGUCCGCACCUUCUUCCGCUCCGUCGCCCGCGCCCACCCAUCCGGCCUCGCCGCCACCGACCACCUCGACGACGGCACCCCCCUCGCCGUCGCCAUCGCCAUCGACCCAGACACCGGCACCGCAACCUACGACUUCUCCGCCUCGGGCCCCCAAGUCUGGGGCAACUACAACUGCCCCGUCUCCAUCACCCACUCGGCCAUCAUCUACACCAUCCGCUGCCUCGUCGGCCUCGACAUACCCCUCAACCAAGGCUGUCUCGCCCCCGUCGAGAUCCGCCUCCCGCCCGUCGGCUCCGUUCUCAACCCCGGUGCCCGCGCCGCCAUCUGCGGAAGUACCCUCGCCAGCCAGCGCGUCAUUGAUGUCAUUUUACGCGCGUUUGGGCGGUACGGUGCAAGCCAGGGGUGCGCCAACAGUUUCGGGUGGGGGAUGGGCGGGCGGGAUCCCGUCACGGGCGUGGUUGUCAAAGGGUGGAAUUACGGAGAGAGUAUCGGGGGCGGCGUCGGUGCGGGUGAGGGAUAUCACGGCGAGCACUCGACUCAUGUUCACUCCACAAACACCCGCCAAACCGACGCAGAAGUAAUCGAAAAACGCACAGCCGUCCUGGUCCGCGCCUACUCCAUCCGCAAAAAUAGCGGCGGCAAGGGCACCUGGCGCGGCGGCGAUGGCAUCACGCGCGAGAUCCAGGCACGCAUCCCGCUCAAGUUCUCUAUCCUCUCGGACCGCAGGGUCUACCGCCCCUGGGGUAUGGCCGGCGGCGGACCGGGGCAGAGGGGCGAGAACUACGCCUUCUUGCACAACGAGGAGGGUGGCAUGGAGAAGAUUAACCUUGGCGGGAAGGCAAUUAUUAAUCUCAAGGAGGGCGAGUACGUGCAGAUUAAUACCCCCGGUGGUGGUGGGUAUGGCGGCGAGGAGGUGGAGGAUAGACAUCGCGGCUAUGUGUGA